AUGGCGAAGAAUUCUGAAAGUGAAGAACCGCUGUUCGAAACCAGGAAAGCAAGCGCCAAACUGAUCACGUGCCACAGGAUUUACGCUGCUUCAGUGCUGGCAGGGAUUCUUCUCAUCUGGACUUACAGAGCUCUCCUCAUCCAUGCCUCGUCUGCUUCUGCAGGAAUGUUUGGGGCUGAGUUGUGGUUCGGUCUCUACUGGAUCAUCACUCAAUCGCAACGAUGGAAUCCGAUCCACCGUCGCACCUUCAAGCAUCGACUCGCUCAAAGGUAUGGCAACGAGAAGUUACCUAGAGUCGAUGUAUUCGUCUGCACAGCUGAUCCGGAAAUGGAACCCCCGACGAUGGUCAUCAACACUGUUUUAUCUCUCAUGGCUUACGAUUACCCGCCGGAGAAGCUCUCUGUCUAUCUUUCCGAUGAUGCUGGAUCGGAAGCUACAUUCUACGCCCUCCUCGAGGCUUCACGCUUCGCCAGGGAAUGGAUACCUUAUUGCCGGAAGUUCAACAUCGAGCCACGGUCACCGGAGGCCUAUUUCCGGGAGGUGCUUACAAACUUGGGAAGAGAUCAAUCUCACCAUUUGGCUUCAGUUAAGGAGAUGUUUGAGAGCAUGGAGAGGAGGAUAGAGCUCGCCGGAAAGCUCAAAAGAGGAUCGAAAACUGCAUUCAUGGCCAAGGAGCACAGAGGAUUUUCUAAGUGGGAAUCCUUUUCAUCUAGAAACGAUCAUGACACGAUACUCCAUAUUCUGAUAGAUGGAAGAGAAGCGGAAGAGAAGGACUCGGAAGGGUGGGGAAUGCCGAGUCUAGUCUAUUUGGCGCGCGAGAAGCGACCCCAGCAUUUCCAUAACUUCAAAGCCGGAGCUAUGAAUGCUCUGAUAAGGGUGUCGUCCGAAAUCAGCAACGGGCCUAUAAUUCUGAACGUCGACUGCGACAUGUAUUCAAACAACUCUCAGUCGAUAAAAGACGCAUUGUGUUUCUUGGUGGACGAGGAGAAAGGCCGCGAGAUCGCUUAUGUUCAGUUUCCACAGAAGUUCUACAACCUCACUAGGAACGAAAUCUACGGAGGCUCAAUUAGAGUGAUUAGUGAGGUCGAAUUCCACGGUUUGGAUGGCUGUGGAGGUCCUGCGUACAUCGGGACAGGCUGCUUUCAUAGAAGGGACACUCUAUGUGGGAAAUACCCGGCUAAGGAAUAUACAGUUGAUAUGGAACAGAGUAGGGCCCCAGAAAAGGGGGAGAGUACAACUCAUCUGGAAGAAAGAAUCGCCGAGCUAGCGAGUUGCACGUUCGAGAAGAACACCCUGUGGGGGCGCGAGAUGGGCGUAAAGUACGGGUGCCUUGUCGAAGACAUGCUCACCGGGCUCUCAAUCCAGUCACGAGGGUGGAAAUCUGUUUAUUUCAAUCCUAAGAGGACAGCUUUCCUAGGUUUAGCUACUACAACGCUCGAACAAACAUUAGUACAGCACAAGAGGUGGUCUGAAGGAGACCUACAGAUUUUUCUGUCGAGACACAACCCGGUGUGGAUUGGACUCGGCCGGAUAAGUGUUGGCCUUAUGAUGGGAUACUCGGUUUACUUCCUGUGGGCACUCAAUUGCUUCGCAACGCUGUACUACUCGGUGAUACCUUCCCUAUAUCUCCUCAAAGGCAUCGCUUUAUUCCCACAGGUCUCGAGCGCGUGGUUUCUACCAUUCGCCUAUGUGAUCAUAGCCGUGCAUGUAUAUAGUUUCUACGAGUAUCUUUCAUCGGGAGGAACAGUUCUAGGGUGGUGGAAUGAGCAAAGAAUGUGGCUCUACAAAAGGACAACUUCGUACCUAUUCGCAACAAUCGACACAUUAUUGAGGUUGGCGGGCUAUACACAGUCAGGCUUUGUACUAUCGAGCAAAGUAUCAGAUGAGGAUUCGCUACGUAGGUACGAGCAAGAGAAGAUAGAGUUUGGAACAAAUUCUACCAUGUUUACCAUACUGUCAACACUCGCAGCUAUCAAUCUGGUUUGUCUAUCCGGAAUGGUUACAAAGGUGGUAGUGAUUGGGGCAGGGAAGGGUGGCGAAGUCAUGGUGGGGCAGAUUGUUUUAUGUGUAGCUUUGGUUUCGAUCAAUCUGCCAUUGUACAAUGCAGCUGUAGUGAGAAAGGAUAAGGGGAGAAUACCAACCUCCAUCACACAUAAAUCCAUCGCUAUAGCUAUCUCUUUAUGUGCUACUUAUGCUUUUUUGACGUGAAAUAGUUGUUAGAUUUGAUAUUUUGUACCCAAACUAAACUCGUCAAAUCAUCAAGACAAUGUGUUACGGAAAUUCCAGGAAAUUAAACGAGACAACAAAGACAAAAGAACACAAUAAUUUGGUAACC